AUGGCUUCAUGUCUAGAGACGAUUAAUUUGCCCCAUCUACCGUCAUCUUUGCCGGUGCAUGUUGCUCUAUAUCGCGAUGUUCAAAAUGCCGCCUCACUGAAAGGUCACCUUCUGGCCGGUCAAAAAGAAUUCGAGUAUGCCUUUAUUGAUGCAAGCAUGGUUCUAUCAAGGGCCCAUGUCACGGCUGCAGUAUUCAGAGCAGUUAAUGAUUACAUGCACAAUCGACUGCAGUCUCAUAAUGUGCAUUCUGAGAUUGUGUUCUCAUUGAACCCUACGAAUAAUAUCGCCGAAUCAUUCCGCAGAUUCGGUAUCACCGAUUCCACCAAAGACUUGUUGGUCAUCAAGGUCUCUGUUUCUCCGGAGAUAACACAUGAGUCAGUGGCGGCCCAUUUGAGCAGUUCAGUUCAAGGGACACCCGUGCCCUUUGAUGACCAGACACUCUCUGAAGUCUCGGAUAUCAAUAAAAUCAAGAAGGCAUACAAGCUUGGGGCUCUGCCCUCGCCGUCGUCGCCAAAUGAUGAGGCUAAGCAAAGACUCGAAAAGUCUUUGCUGAGUGCAAUUGCCUUGAGAGGAUCUUGA